CGCUUAUCGGUAUGCAGCUGCAGUGUUUGAUUCUGAACUGAAGAGUUUACAAUGGGGACGCGCGGUGUUCAGACAGCGCUUUCGCUCGCUUUGAUUUUACUUGUGCAGCUCCACGGCGCUUUUGGAUGGACCUGGCCGGAUCAGCCGGUUUAUAACCCAGUGCUAUUUACCGCGCCGAGAGCGGUGUUUCAGCCGAUUCCCACCCCUCUCUCCGUGCAGAGAGCUGACCUGUCGCUGUUGAAUUCGGUCACCCUGGACUGCAGGAAAGACGCCAUGGUCGUGACGGUGAACCGGGACUUGUUUGGGAUCGGCUACCUGGUGAACAGCGCCGACUUGAGCGUGGGGUCCGCGGGCUGCUCGGCCACCUCCUCCGACAGCGUCGCCAACACGGUUUUGUUCAGCAUUCAGCUCCAGGACUGCGGCAGCACUUUCCAAGUAACCCUGCGUGUCGAUCGCAUUUGUUACUGCGGUAGUUAAUAAAGUGAACUGAUA